ACGGUAUCUCGUCGGUGUCACUCCCCUCAACCCCCGACCCUCAACCAUUUAUCGCGCCAGUUGACUCAUCACCCAUUGGCAGUCGUGCAUCAUCGUUCAUCGUUCAUUGUCUCUCACGAGCGCGCUUUCCCGCAAUAGAUCCUUGUCGCGACCAUCGCUUCCUUCUUUAGCCGGGAACGGCAGUCGCAACGGACUCUUACGCGACACGCGAUCACCCUCUCACGCGGUCAUCUCUUAUCGUCGUCUCACCAUUACACCUUCCUUCCUCGGCAGUAGGGAUUAGUCUGCCCUGCCGAUCCACUCUUGUCAUCAACGUCGCGUUCCCACCCGCCAUAAUCGUAGUCAGAGCGAAGAUGGCAGUUCCUCCGGCAGCGGUCAGGUCGACGGACCGCAACGAUCGUGAGAUUGUCACCAACCUCUCCCUCGGUCUCAAGAGACCUCUCUACACCUCCUGCAACCAGCACUCCCACCCCCCAGCGCACACCGAACGCCAAGAGAACCGCUUCCUCUGCCUCAACGCCCUCCCCAGAAUGCCCUCUCCCUCCCCCUCCCGCUCCCCCUCCCGACACCACGGCGAACCGAGCCCCUUCCUGCGCCUCCCCGCCGAACUCCGCCUCCAAAUCUACUCCCUCCUCCUCCUCCCCCGCCAGGCAACCGACCUCCUCCCCUCCUACGAAAAAGUCCACUCCUCCACCCAAGACUACUUCGACUACGACAAAAAACAACACGGCACCGACCUCCCCCUCACCGCCAACCUCACCCACCCCCACCUCCUCAUCCGCACCCUCGACCCGGACCGCUACACCCACCGCUACCCCUCCCACCGGCCCCACCCCUUACGAACAUCCUACAGCGUGCGCUGCGACCGCUUCCGCUCCGCCUGCAAAUCCACCACCUACCACUGCGUCAACACGCCCCGCAUCGAAGACCAACUCGCCAUCAUGCGCACCUCGCAACGCAUCCACGCCGAAUGCGCCGACCUGCUGUACUCACAUUACACCUUCGACUUCGACACCCACGUCGAAGCCAUCGUCCCAUUCCUCUCCGACCUCACCCCCUUCGCCCGCUCCCGACUCCAAUCAAUCCGCCUCGUCAAACGCGCGCUCGCUUACGAAAAGGAAUUCGACCGCUGCGAGUGGUCUAACGCUCUCCGCUACCUGACCGCGCAGUCCUCAGGCAUCCACCUCCGUCGACUUGAAUUGGGGGUGGUGGCCGGUCGACCAGGGGAGAAUGGCUGGGAUCGCGUACCACAGUAUUCGGCGGAGUAUUUCCGCACGAUGAAGGAUAGUGGGGAGGAGGCCGGGUGGAUGCAGUAUCUGUUCGAGUUUCGCGGGUUGAGGGAGUUGGAGGUCAAGGCCAUUGUGGAGCAUUGUCCCCCCACGACGAAUAGUGAGGCGAUUGCUAAGUAUGUCCGCUUUUCGGCCAGUGUGGAGGGGGGGUUUAGGGAGUUUUUGAGGGGGCAGUUGGUCGCUGUGCAUGCGUGAGAAAGCUCGAUUGAAUGACUGAAUGGAGCUAAAAUGGGGGAUGUUCUUGCUGUGUGUUGUAUGGGGUGCGUGCGUGUUUGUGAUGAAGCGUGGGCGUUGGUGGGCUUUUCUGCGCCUGGCGCUUUUGCGUGACUUGAAUGCGCCCGGUAUGGAACGGGGGAUGCGUACACUCUACUCGUUAUGUAACAUGCAUCUCUCAUCAUUGAGGAACGGAUAGAAGAGCUUCCGAGCGCAGGUUCGAUCACUCAGGCUCAUCACACCUCCAUGCUUACACACCCUCUUGUAAAGCGCGCAAAAAUUUGUUUCUGUUCGUCG